GUGAACAAGAUCGUCUGCACAGAAGCGGUCCGGCAGGUCGACCGCCGCGCAGGUAUAAAAGGACGGACUCGGCCCCAGCAACGCAUUCACUGCCGGACCCUCCCAAGAGAAGCAUCAAAGAAGAUGGGCAUGUGUGGACGUGUCGCUGCCUUCCUGGCCUUGGUGGUCUUGGCCCACGCGGACUCGGGCUACCAUUUAGGUGCUCCUGGCGGAAACGGGCUUGGAGCAGGAGCUGGCUUCGGAGGAGGAGCCGGAGCAGGAGCUGGAUUUGGAGGAGGAGCCGGAGCAGGAGCUGGAUUUGGAGGAGGAGCCGGAGCAGGAGCUGGAUUUGGAGGAGGAGCCGGAGCAGGAGCUGGCUUCGGAGGAGGAGCUGGAGCAGGAGCUGGAUUCGGAGGAGGAGCCGGAGCAGGAGCUGGAUUCGGAGGAGGAGCUGGAGCAGGAGCUGGCUUCGGAGGAGGAGCUGGAGCAGGAGCUGGAUUCGGAGGAGGAGCUGGAGCAGGAGCUGGCUUCGGAGGAGGAGCUGGAUUCGGACCUUCUGGACCUUCCUGCCCCUACGUGACCUCCUACGUCACUGAGCACCGCACCCGAGUGCAGGAGGUUCCCUCUUACGAAACGGUUUACAAGAACGGCUACGACGUGCAGACCGUGCACGUCCCCGUCGUGAGCACCAUCGUCCAGACCGAGAAGGAGACGAGGUACGUCCCCGAGUACGUCACCACAACCAGCUACGACAACGUCAUCGAGACCGUCCACGACCGCAAGACUGACUACGUGACCAACUUCGACUCGGUCACCAUCACCAACGCCCAGUACGUGCCCAACACCGUCACCGUCACCUCCAUCUCGACCGUCGUGUCCGUCCAGGUGCAGUACGCCACGGUGGUCGAGACCCAGUACGUGCCCCAGCCCCUCGUGCAGACCUCGACCAACUACAAGGUCGAGUACGAGAACCAGAUUGUCCCUCGCUACGUGACCGACGUGACGACCGUCAAGACCUACACGACAGUCUGCCCUUACGGAAUCUAAGGCGGGGCCGGAGCGCCGUGCGGUCGGGAACGCAAAAAAAAAACAUCUUAAUAUUAUUUUGCUGGUAUUUAAAAUCUAUGGAUGUCAGUAUUUAAUGAUGUGUUGUGAUUGCAAUAAAUAUAUUAGCGACUC